GAAUUUAUUUAAUCCGAACUAAGUAAAAGUGAAAUUUUUCUACACAAAUGAAAAUAGAAAAACUGAAGAUAUUUGUACGAAAAUUAUUAUUAAUAUGUCAGAAAUCAAUAGAUUAGUUUAAAAGAAGUCACAAAUAAUUGAAGACUUUGAUUAAAAACAAUAAAUUGAGUGAAAUAAAAAUUUAAUUAGUUUUUGUUUACGUCGUAAAAUCGAAGAUUUUGUGAACAGAAUUAAGCUGUAAACGUCGUGUACUCAACUGUUGUACAAACUACCUGAUAAAAUGGUUGGAGAUAAUUGAGCGAGAAAGAGUCGCAACAUUAAAAACUUUACGUUAGACAUUCCAUUAGUCACUGGGAGAGAAUCAACAAGUUAAAAAUUGCUUUGCUUCGCGAGUGCAACUGUAUAUGAAAAAAAGUGUUAAACGCCUUUAAUAAUGGCUACAAGAAAUCGAAAUUUAACGGAACAACGUGAUGAUUUCCUGUUGGAAACUAACUUUGACGACGACGGAGCUUUAACUCGAGCACAUUUAAACAAUAAUCGACUUGCAAAUACAGCUGAAAAUCGUCCGAGAGCUUAUCGAUCAAAUUAUUCCAUCGACAGAUAUUCAGAUGCCGCCAAAAGUUACAAAGAAGGUACCUGCUGCAAGUCAUGCAUGACCCGAAUGCCGUUCGCAACAUUAAUGGCGACUGUUAUGAUGUUGAUUGGUGUUGGAAUAUUUUGUGGCACAAUGUACCGUGGUGCUUCACUCUCAAUCAUCAUGUUCGAUCAUGUUUUCUACAUGAAACUUAUAUGGAUUGAAGCAAUUCAGAUAAUUUUCCUGUGCAUUGCGGCAUCAAUGGCUGCUCUAGGUUUUAUGAUUCUUUUUGUGGGCUUCCUGGCAACCGGCGCAACUCGUCAUAAAGUUUAUCGAUCAUGGGGAUCAAGAUUAGUUGGUAGAGUUGUUUGUGCUGUUUUUAUGGUCAUCACUUACAUCUUGAAAAUUAUUUGGAUCGUCAUUUUGUGCUUCCUUAGCAUCGUCACAUUUCUUUAUACAAUUUUCUGGAAAAUGUGUCAAAGCGAACGAAUUCAAACCCACAAAGAUUGCAUUGAUUUGGAUCAAUUUCGUUUCAUGUUUCCAGCUGAUCUCCGUGAAGAAGAUUACAAAGUUUGUGGUGAAUAUGAAGUGAAAGCUUUUUGCAAAGAUGGAGUUGAAAAAGCUGAAGUGAUGUUCAUUCUUGCGACAUUGUCAUGUCUUCUCAUCAUCUUAAGUUUAGUUCAUUACCUGAUGUGUCUCUCGGCUAACUAUGCUCAUAUUCGUGGUCACGAAAAGUUCCAAGAACUUCAGGAAAUGCAAAACUUGACUGAAAUGGAGUACAGUGCAGCAUCGAAAGAUCGAUUCUAGUAUAAGAAGAAAGUUCAUUGGAACUUAGAACGUGAAUUUGAUGUUUAGGUGGAUAAUGGCUGUCGCAAUGCAACAAGAUGAGUUACAAUUAAUAACAAAAUCACUUUUUUCUGUGCAUGCCACGUAGGAUUGAAUGUCUUUAGUUAGUAAUACAAAAUCCGUCCACUUCAAUUGGAUUAUUAAUCAUUCUGUUCAAAAUUUUUCAUACAAAAAGAAGAAAAAAAUGAAACUCUCACCACCACCCCCGCAACAAAAUCAUUCCCACACGAUACUUUAAAACAGUGAUUCUUAAAUUGUAUGCAAAAGUAUUAGAAAAAGUUAAGAAUUGGUUAAAAAUUAAACUAAAUCUUAAAAUGUUUUUCAUCUUCACUUUGUUAGGAGUAAAACGAAAAGGUUUGAGAAUCACUGGUGUAAAAGGUAUUUUAAAACUUUUCAACAAAUUAAGACGAAAAAUGUUCUCGUAGAAUUGUUAACUGCAAAUUUAGAGGUAUAAGAAUUAUUCCCGUUGUCGAUUUAAUAAAAAAAGGAAAGAAAAUUGUACAAUAAGAUGCAGAAAAUUUUGGAAAAUCGUGAAAAGUUAAUCAAAAUAAAUAAAAUAUGUUAAGCAAGAUGAUCAUAAGCUUAGUCAGAAAUUAAGAAGUUUAAAAAGUUUAUAAUCAUAUAACAAAAUCUUGAAAUUAUUCUUAAUCUUUCGAAGUUUCCUUUAACUGAUAGUAAAACUUUCUGUUAGGUAAUUACACAAUCAAAGAUCAAACGUGGCAGCAAUAAAUGCAAAUUAGUGGAUGAAUACAAGAUUUAUCUAAUUAAAAUCGUACAAAUAUUUAGAAAGUUUCCUUUCAUAUCGACACGGACAAAAAUGUAUUGUUAAAGUGCGUAAAAUUAUCUAUAAAAUAAAGUUAAUGAAUUUGAAGC